CGCCGAAUCUUUAGUCAGUGCCAGCAUUUCAAACCGUUGCGACAGCUUACGUUCUUCACGGAAAGAAAGAAAGGAAGCCCAUUAGGGAACAUUACUACACGUUCUCCACUUCCACCAGUGCUUUCCCCCUUCUGCAACAGGAAGCUGAUAUUGGUUCGAAACUGCCCCUCGUUACAGUUCAGAGAGAAUACUGCCAAGUGCCAAUUGAAGAGUUGUUCUGCAGCGAGCAGUCAGUGUGUGCAGGUUCUGAUUGAAGAGUGUGUUAAGAGUGCGUAUUGCAAGGUGUAGAAAAGAAUUAUCAUACUUAGUACAAAGUUUAGCAAAGUACCUGAUAAGCUUAAAGCAAAACAACCACAACAUCAUGUCAGCAUCGCCAAUCGCACGCCAAGCCUGCAGCCAAACGCAGGCUAUUCCAUCCAAGAGAGUUCUCAUCCAUGACGCCUCCGAACUGCCGGAUCUCUACUCGUCGACACCCGGUGGAACUCUGUAUUCCACAACUCCAGGAGGUACCCGCAUCGUCUACGAACGUGCCUUCUUGAUGAAUCUGAAAAACUCUCCACUGGCACGCACCCCACCGUCUAACCUUAAUAACCUACCUCACAACAUUCUCCGAAACGGAACGACCGGUGUCACCAGCAAGCCGAAGCCGCAGCAACAACCGCAGAACUCGCCGCCCAAGUUCGAUGAACACCAAGAGCAGUUCGACAUGGACCUGUAGAUUCGGCUGCCGGGACGCUGUGUUCCACAGAGAGUUCUUUGUUACUAAUGGAUAAUUCAACUUCUACGUUAAGAUGAUUCACGAUAUAAACUUUAUAAGUUUAUCCUACUUUAUCGUUUGUAAGAUUAAUGUUAGCGGACAAAUGCUGCUUUGCAACACCCAAAAGAGCAUACUGAUUCGAGGAAACGGAAACCAUAUUUUAGGUUCGUCGAGCCGAUGAACUCAAUACAGCGUGCAAAGACUGCUAUACGCCAUCUACAUAGUUCGCCAUCUAAACUGAUGAAUGUAAGGCAACCUCAUGAACCAAGACAGAGUACAUAUGACGCCUUGCGAGAGUGCACGCCCGAGGACGAUCAUUCUUCUGUUUUGUCGAAUUGGGUUAUAACACGUUUAUCCUAUUCUUUCUACUCGUGUAUCCCCCGACGACAGUCAACACAUGCUGUGCUGUCACUGGCCAACAGUACGGGAAGUUUGUGAUACUGGAUGGCUGAUCCAACCAACCAUCCAACUUCUAGGGACUAAUGUUUGGUUUAGAAGCAAAACAAGUAAGAAAACUAAAACCGUUUAAGUAUCAGAAAACAAAUUGUUAGAUGUUAGUAAUUUUGAGUGGAAUUGAAGUCAACACCAUCUUCCAACAAAGAGAACAAACCGAACAGUUCUCAAAACAGUCAUUUGAUUUGUAUGGAACUCUAUUAUUGCCGCUUUCCAAUUUCGAGACUAUAGGUUUCAAAAUCAGCUAGGAAUAAUGAUAACAAAUAUCGCUGUAAAAACUGUCUAUGCAUUGCAAGGUCAAUCAUUGAUACGAUAUCAUGAUAGCAAUAG